AUGAAAAACUCAUAGACUUUCCGUAUCAAAUCCAUCAAAACUAAUUCUUAAAAUAAUGAUCAAUACAAAUCUCUAUAAAUGACUCUAACUUGUUAAUCUUUAACAAAUAAAGCAAAAUAAUAUUAAGAACAAUUUUAUAAGAAAAUCAUCUAAAUCUAGCCAAUAUAAGUUUUGUCAAAAUAAACUAGUAUCACUUGUAGGCAAUCUAUAGUAUCUAUUACUGAUAGCUAAGUAAGUGCAGAAGAAGAAUUUGAAAUAUGGGAUGAUAAUUAAGACCUAAGAGUUAAAAAAAUCCUCUUAGAGGAUAAACAAUCUUCUAUAGGCUAGUUUUUGUAAUUGUAUAAAGCAAGAUUUGGGUAACAAUAAUAUCUAUUAAAGAGGAUUUCCAGGAUAAAAACAACCAAUCAAAAAUGAGGAGGUAAUAAAAACUGCCAUUUCUUAUGCAUCGUCAAGUAAAAAACUCUUCAAAAAAUAUUUCCCCUCUAAACAACUCGUAUUCGAUGAUUAAAUCGAUUAUUCAUAACCUUAUAAAAUAGAGGAUGAUUAACAUUUUCAAAAUUUCAAUAGGUUUUUUAGAAAUUAGAAGCUAUUAUCGAAUCUUAAAGUAUCUCAAUAAAGUUUAAAGAAAACCAAAUAUUCCUGA